CGCAUAUCUCACCAACACGCGCAGCUGACGGGCGAAGCAGGAGGAGAGAGAUAUGGACGGACAUAAACUUUGACUUCCGAGGAAUCUACUGUACACGCUGGGGCGGAUGGACAUGAUAUUGGUCUCCUAACAGUGUCAUCAUGCUCCCCCGUAGUAUGAAAACAUCUGGUGUAGAGCUGCCGGGAGUGGGUUCGAAAGAUGUGCCCCUCAUUGGAUAUCGGCCCCUACAGCCAGGGGCCAACGGCCCUCCUGAGCAGCUGUUGAAGGAGAAUGAAAACAGGGGGGCGGAUCCCACACAGGGGGAGCUAACCCCGAUGAAGACCACCUGGUACUGUCCACUAGACCUGUCCACUGUGUCCGAACUGGAGGAAGAUGGUAUCAUCUACACUGUCGUGGUGAAACAUGGUUCUCCCACAGGCCCCCUGUCCACAGUAUCCCGCUCCCAGAAUGUCAAAGCAGGAACAGAGGAAAAGCUCGUCCUGCAUCUCCUUCACUCCUUCUCCAUGGGCGACUCCUCCUUUAUCUCUAUCUUCCUCUCCACCUAUCGCUCCUUUACUUCCACCCAGAGAGUGCUGGACAUCCUGAUCGACAGAUUGGAAAAUCCUCCUGGGGAGAGUAAAAGUAACACGCGUCAGAUGUUCAACAAAGCCGUGUGUACAGUGUUCAGCACAUGGUUGAGUGACUAUCCUGCAGAUUUCUGCUCUUUGAGUGAUCCGUCCUGCCUGUUGCGGUUGGCCCCCCUCCUUCCAACGGACACCCCAGGGGCCGAUAUCAAAGGCCAACUGCUGAGGAUAGCUGAAGAGCUGAGUGAGAGUACACUGCUGUCUGGCUCUCUGUCAGAUCCUAUCAAAAAUGUGACCUCCCCUCCUGACCCCUCUGAGUUUGAUGCCACCAGCAUCCUGGGCUUUCCAUCAAGUGUGAUCGCAGAACAGCUCACCAGGAUUGAGACGGAGCUGUUUCUUAAGUUGGUGCCCCACCACUGUCUGGGCUCUCUUUGGUCUCAAAGAGAUAAGAAAGGACAGGAAGGAGCGUGCUGGUCGGUCAGAGCCACUAUCAAGCAGUUUAAUCGUUUAGCUAACGCUGUCACAGCCUCGUGUUUGUGGAACACGGGUCUAAAGAGCCAACAGAGGGCACGGCUGCUGGAGAAAUGGAUCAGUGUUGCAGAGGCCUGCAGAACGAGGAAGAACUUCUCUUCACUGUAUGCAAUUCUAUCAGCUCUGCAGAGUAACUCCAUCCACAGACUGAGAAAGACCUGGCAGGAUACAGACAGAGAAGCUUUACGGAGGUAUGAAGAACUUUCUGAUAUCUUCUCUGAGAAAGACAACUACUCCCAGAGCCGCGAGCUACUCAAAGAGGAAGGGACUUCCAAAUUCGCAAACCAUGACACUAAAAUUAACAAUAGGAGAUUCACAGGGUCCUGUGCUCAGGGCACAGUCCCAUACCUGGGCAUCUUUCUCAGGGAUCUCACCAUGCUGGACACUGCAGUCAAAGAUAGACUAGAGAAUGGAUACAUCAACUUUGAUAAAAGAAGACGGGAGUUUGAGGUUAUUGCUCAAAUUCGGCUCCUUCAGUCCUCGUGUAAAAACAGCAUUUUCAGGACAGACGGGACGUUUGUUCAGUGGUAUCACAGCGUACCCACUCUGCAUGAAGAGGAAAGCUACAAGCUGUCCAAUCAGAUUGAAGCACCGGGCGAGCCGAGUCCUGGGCGUGGCCUAAACCCCACAGUGAUCAUCACACAGUGUCCAGAUGCUCUCACUGCAGUGGCACACACGGCAAUGGACGCUGAUGGCAUAUUUGACUUCCCUUCUCCUGUCAAUCACUUGAUUUCAAAGCUUUGUAAGCAUGUGAAAUCCCCCUCCGUUUCCUGUCUGGAUGUUGAUUCGUCGCCACCACCCAAUAAUGGCACGCCCUCUGUCCUGACCACGCCCACAACAGCUGUCAAAUCACAUCGCCGGUCUGUGUCCUGUGGCAACAACCCCACCAAUAACAAACCAGAGGCGGGACCUGAUUUGAGAAUCGUUAGGAUACGGAUGGAUUUACAAGACGGCAACUUAUAUCGAAGCAUUCUGGUCACUAGUAAUAAUAAAACACCUACUGUAAUCAGUUCUGCAUUAGAGAAGCACAAUCAGAAUGCAAAAGAAGCCUCCAAAUAUGAGCUGAUACAACUGCUGCCAGAGGGGAAAGAGUUAAUAAUACCGCCCACAGGAAACGUCUUUUACGCCAUGUCAUCAGCUAGUGUGGACUUCCUGUUAAGGAGACGAGGAGGAAACACACCAACAGGGUCACCAUCUCUUGGCAAUGAAAACAGCGCAACCUUCCCACGAAUCAAAGCCAAGGGCCGAAGACUAGUGCGGACACUUUUUUAACAAGAAAACGCAAUAUUCAUGUCAAAGUACUUUCAAAAGAAAAGACACAGUAUAUUUUAUUUGGAGCUCUGCAAUUUAACUAUGUAGAAUUUAUUCAAAUAAGACUUAAUAACAUAGUUCAACCCCAAGUGAAAAUUGUGAAAUAAUUUACUCACCCUCACCAUGUCGUUCCAAACCCAUAUGACUUGCUAUCUUCAUAAAAGGAGAUCAGUGACCAUUUAGUGGCCUCAGUCACCAUUCACUUUCAAUGCAUGUUUUUUUUUUUUCAUACAAUGAAAAGGAAUGAUGAAUGAGGUUGUCAAUCCCUAACAUCUCAUUUUGAGCUCCACUGAAGAAAGUCAUAUGGGUUUGGAACAACAUAAGGGUAAGUAAAUGAUGACAAAAUUUUCAUAUUUGGGUGAACCAUCCCUUUAAAGUAAUUUUCUGUAAGUCUUAUAUUGGUGUAUUUUGAGUGAAGUUAUUACAGCUAAAUUUUGCACUAUUUUUGCAUUUCAUUGCAAUUCAGUGAGUUUUAAUGACAGAGUCAAGUACCCUUUGCUGAUGUUAGCAUUUCCUGGACUCCCGUCUACCUCUAAAGCUAUUAGUCCAUUGGUUACAGCAUUUUAGUCAAGAAACUACAUUAUUAAUGAACAUUAAACUAAGACAGAGAAGCUCAAAUCCCAACAUAAUAACUCUUAAAUAAGGUACUUACGCCUGUAUAAACAUUUCAAACACUGAGCUCUUCUCUAUGGGCUACUGAGAUGUUAAAGAUAGUGCAAGCCUCCCAAAUACCUGAAUAUGAGCUGCAAAAAUAUAUAUAAAACACUGCCACUAUAAUAUCCUUACCAAGUAUGCAAACUAGUAAUUGCUUACUGUGUGUACUCUCAUUGUAUAUUUUUAAAUAAUUAAUUAUUGUCGUAAUACGCAGGUUGUCUUCCUAAACCUAGUGAGCUGCUUUGCUGUCUACUGCCUACAUAGGCAGCUGCCUUAUAAAUGGCUGUUUUGACCAAACACAUUCUUGCGCAAAAAAGUUAGGUGGAGUGACAUGAAUGGAACA